CCCAGCAGUGCCACCCACAAGUUCCGCCCACCUGUGCCCAUCAGUGCGCCCACUAGCUCCGCCCACCUGUGCCCAGCAGAUCACCCACCUUUGCCCAGCAGUGCACCCACCUGUGCCCAGCAAUGCACCCACCUGUGCCACUCUGCAGUGUCACACACCUGUGCCCAGAAGUGCCACCUACCUGUGCCCAGCAGUGCCACCCACCUGUGCCCACCCACCAGUGCUGCCCCACCAGUGCAACCCAGCAGUGCUGCCAGUCAGUGCCACCAGUCAGUGCCCAGCGGUUGUGCCAGUCAGUGCCACCAGUCAGUGCCCAGCAGUGAUGCUAGUCAGUGCCGUCUAUCAGUACCCAUCAUCAUGCCCAUCAGUGCCGCCUAUCAGUGCCCAUCAGUGCUGCCUCAUCAACGCACAUCAGUG